CUGAAUUCAAACCAUCACCGUUCAGCUCUCUCCCAAGAGAACUUGGCACAACUUUCGCAGACAGGACCGCAGCGCAGCUGACGCUUGUGAGGAGGAGCCGCCUGAAGUCAUUCAGGACGCAGCAUCGCUGUGAGAAAAAAUCCGGCGUAUCUCUCUCUCUCUCUCGCUCUCUCUCACUCUCUCUCGCUCCCUCUCUCUCUCUCUCUCGUUCCCAAGAUACUAGAGACAGUGUUCAUUGUCACCAUGCUGGUCAGAACAAUCUGAACUAAUGGAAGGAUUCUGGUGGAUCGGCUGCUCUGUUUGAGGAAAAAACGUGAACUCGGAGUGCAAGAUUUUAGUGGAGAAGGAAAUAUUACAGAUGUGCAUCCCGGAGCAGCUGGUUGGAUAGGGCGAAAAAUAAUAAUAAAAACUCAGUAGGUUAUAGUAAAAAUAAAAGGAUUACUCGAGUCAAGAAACGCAUUUUUCACCGGGACCAACGUGGUAGCACCCCGAUGAUUUUUCAGGCUAUUUAAUGGCUGAAAUAAAUAUUAAUACAUAUACUUGAACUUUUGAAGUGGAGUGUGAGGAUACUGGACGGUUGAAGCUUCCAUGGGUUUAACAAACAGUUCGGAUGAGUUGCUUGAAUUCCCAACCUGCUCAGAAGCAAGCUGUAACUGCGACAGCUGAUGUAGAGGCAUCCUCUAAGCUCCAGAGACAGCUGAUGAAGGUUCCUUACUCAGUUUAAAUCUGUGCUGCAGCAGCCUAAAACCCACACAGAGCACCUGAAAAGCUAAAAAAGCUUGCAGUUACCUAAUAGAAGGCAGACAUGGAAAUGACCAACGGGUCCCUGCAGUAUCCCUCCAUACUUCACGCGGACUUCGGACCGCUAAAUGACCUUCUGGAGGAGAACGAAACGAACUCCACCGCAGGAGAGCGAAACUGGCUGAACUGCGUUCAGAUCCGGAUCCCUCAGGAGCUCUUCUUGGCACUGGGACUCAUCAGUCUGGUGGAAAACAUCUUGGUCAUUAUGGCGAUUAUUAAAAACCGAAACCUCCACUCGCCCAUGUACUACUUUAUCUGCUGCCUGGCCGUGUCUGACAUGCUUGUCAGCGUCAGCAACGUGGUGGAGACCAUAUUCAUGCUUCUCAAUGACCACGGCCUCCUGGAUGUGCACCCCGGUAUGCUUCGCCACCUGGACAACGUCAUCGACGUGAUGAUCUGCAGCUCCGUGGUGUCCUCUCUCUCCUUUCUGUGCACCAUCGCUGCAGAUCGCUAUAUCACCAUCUUUUACGCGCUGAGGUAUCACAGCAUCAUGACCCCUCAUCGCGCCAUCGUCAUCAUCGUGGUGGUGUGGCUGGCCAGCAUCACCUCCAGCAUCCUCUUCAUCGUAUAUCACACCGACAACGCCGUCAUCGUGUGCCUCGUCACUUUCUUCUGCACUACUCUGGUAUUCAACGCCGUGUUAUACCUGCACAUGUUUGUCCUGGCGCACGUGCAUUCUCGGCGCAUCGUGGCUUUCCACAAAAACAGGCGCCAGUCCACAAGUAUGAAAGGAGCCAUAACCCUCACUAUCCUGCUCGGGGUCUUUAUUUUAUGCUGGGGCCCUUUCUUUCUACACCUUAUCCUCAUCCUCGUCUGCCCCACCAGCCCCUUCUGCAACUGUUUCUUUCGAAACUUUAACCUUUUCCUCAUCCUCAUUAUCUGUAACUCCCUCAUCGACCCGCUUAUAUACGCGUACCGGAGCCAGGAGCUGCGUAAAACCUUGCAGGAGAUGGUCCUUUGUUCGUUUUGCUUUGGCGUGUGACAUCGUGGACAUUCAUGAACAAAACCGAGCGCAACACAACAUUCUUCCUCUGUCUUCAACAUGUCCGAAGAUAGAAUAAGACACAACUGAUAUAUGUUUAAACAUGCAGAUGUUGCCCGUGCGCGAGUGCACAUGACAGCUGAAGACUCUGUCAAACUGCAAACAUUUGAUUAAUAGAACUGGGUUCCGUUUUAGCUGUAAAUUUAUUUAUUAUUGCGUUACACCAGUUUUUUGUUCUACACUGGGAAGCUUGUGGAUAAUCUCGUAUGUCAGUCAACAGUGUCAAACACUACUUACUGUUUCUGGGGUUUUUUUCUUUCUUCUGUAAACAUGUUUGAUUUUUUUUGUCUGAAAAGUGCCUCUUAUGGUGGUCAAAAUAUGCUGCCUUAAUUCUUUUUUAAAGGCGUUCAAUUAUUAGAAUUUCAUGAAAAUAAAAAAGGAAGUUUACUUUCAUUUUUAAAAUGGCCAAGAACAACAUCUCUAUCCCUUUUAAGAUUAUUUAUUAUUAUUUUUGAAUCAGUAUCUUAAUGACAUUUUUCUUUUAAAGAAUGAUGUGCAUUGCAAGAACUCAAAAAAUAGAAGCAGCGAAUAAUCUCUUAGUUACUGCGGCUCAAAUGCAGAUUAUUUUAUAUAUAGACUGUCUUUGGGAAAAUGUUCAAGCAUGGUGCAAACGGAGCAGGGAACAGAUGAAACACAGCUUGAUUGGAGAGGGCAUCACACUAAACCUUAAAAUGACACUGUGUGGCAAACUCAAAAAUUACUGUUACAAAAAUAAAUGUCAAAUAUCCCAGUGAUUUAAAAAAAAAAAAAAGAAAGAAAAGAAAAAAGGGGACAAAAAUCACAUGAACAUGCUUGGUGGUAGGCCUGAGGCUCAUGGCAUGAGAGGGUUUAUGAAAGAAGAAAGAAGCCAUGUCAAAGAUAUAUUUCUGGAAGUUUGUGGGUUCUCUGAAAUCCGCAAAUAAGGGACAGUUUGGGCUGAAGUUUUUGAUAUGUAGGACAGUCUAGGAAGGAACGGACUAAAGAUCCAUGAUUAAGAACACAGCAUACAGGUUACACCAAGUCCAGCUAAUGUAAUUAAUUAACUUCAAUGCAUAAAUUAAUUAUUAACAUUAAUAAUUUGAUGCAUAUAUUCCAUGGUGUUCUUUAUUUAUCCCACAUAAGUGCUGGUAACAGGGCCUGCAUUUUGCACUCUUAUCAUUUUCUAUAAAAAAGCUGAAAUUCAUCCAUCUUAAUUUAAACCCUGAAAAGUUUUAAAUCCCCACAUGAUGGUGGGAAGAAAGGUCUCUGGGUUAUCAAGCUGUCUGCCAACAAGUACAUAAAGAAUCCAUGAUGGCAACAAUGCAAUGUGUAGUGUGCAUACGAAAGUAGACUGUUGUGCUCUGUGUAAUGUUUUUUUUUUUAGAAUCCAUUUUUUUCUUUUUUUUGUACACUUUGUUUUUUGCAUACUUGAUUUAUUAGACUAGCUUUAUUAGGAUUGUUUUCAGAGUGCUGGCUCGAUAUAGAACUGAUAAUAUACAACACUGUCAUGUAUAAGUCUUUAAGAAAACCUCUGUUAAAGAUAAUGACAGUCAGGGCUUCAGUAUACGGCCACAAAUAAACAUCGUUCCAUACAUAAUGUAAAAUGUAAAAUUAUAAAUGUGGGUGUUUAACAAAAAAGAAAAAAAGAACAGCUGUGUGCAUCCAGCGUAAACUUAAACUUGAGUAAAACAGGACUAUGUUGUUCUGUAUGUCAUAUGUAUGUUAGUGGAAUUGUUUACCUGUUUUCCCAA